GUUACAUCAUUAUUGUCAGUGUGUCAACAAGUAAGGUUUAAAAAUUAAAUAUAUCAAAGUAACCUGUUAAAUAUGGGUCAGAAUAGUGCGCAAGCCUCGUUAAACAUCACAAAAUGUUUCGUAAUUUUUGUUGGAAUUUUACGUGACGAUUAGUUGCAAAUACGGAGAAUAUCGAAGUACGUUUCUCGGGAAUUGUGUCGAAUGUCCUCGCAAACUAACACAAUGCAAAAGAGAGGGAAUCGAUUCGAAUAUCUGUAUUGCUUCAUGUGCACCGUUAUUCACCAUGGCUAAAAGAAAAUCUACCUUGAAAAUGCCAACCAUAAAUCCCGCAUCACUGUUUACGACAGUUAAAGAUAAAUCUACCUUGCAAAUGGCAACCAAAAAUCCAGCACCGCUGUUUACAACUGUUAAAGAUAAAUCUACCUUGCAAAUGGCAACUACGGAAAAUUCAGUAAUUUCUGUUGCUCCUCCAAUUACGAAACGUACGACGUGGUUUUUGAAAACAUUCACUUCUCAGUUGACGGCAAUCUCAUCGAGCAGUGAACACGAUGGCUCAGCAAUAUAUCGUUCUAAAUACGAAAGAAUUGCAAAUCCUUUUAAAGUUGGCGGUCUUUUAAUUAUAGCCACAGCCUUAGUUAGUAGUAUCUUGGGAAUCGGAAUUGCGAUAAAGAAUAGCAAGAAUGGGGCCAUGUUGAACCCACAAAAUUCAACAAGAACUGAGGACAACAAUGAUUUCAAUAUAAGGGAUGAAGAAAACGAUGAGAGAGCGGAAUUUUUGGUGCAUUCGUACGACAAUCUCGACUCCAUAGACAAUACAACAGUUUAAGUAAGUGAAUGGGGCAUUUUCACAUUUUGUGCACGUCUUCUGAACAUUUUUACGUAAAACAAGAAGUAUUAGCUGAUCACGCAUUUCCUUAUUGAAAUUAAACGACCGUUUAAAAUAAGGUGCUUACGACAAAUAAUUAUCUCCAAGCGGUGUAUAUAAACGAGAUGAAAACUUUUUGCUCUUCAGACAAUUUCAUUUCGAUUCAUACAUUUUCUAAAACUAGCGUGAUGAAGCUCAUGUUUUUUGGCUUAAAAAAUGUUUUCAAGAUUUGCGACUUGUGAAUAUGCCUCUUCACAAUUGAACUAUUGACAAAGCACAAGAUGGAGUAUGCACGAGCACUUUUGUUUCUACGGAUGGAAUAUGUACUUUGGUAGAAUUUAUAUUUAUUAUACAUAUUUAUCAUUUUUAUUUAUUACGUCUAUUUAUUAUAUACAUAUAUCACAACGUAUAGACCAAAUACCAUACACACAGCUGAACUAAUAAUGAUUCUUUAAAUUUUGCUACGUUUACGCUGACGAAGCAACAAUUGUAAUUACUUAAAUUAUAAGUAAACAGCAAAUGAUGUUGACUACACAGUGACAUAACUGCUCUAAAGCAAAGAGUGGUAAGUGGUCAAAAAUUUAAUCACUUCAUUUUUAGAGACCUGUUUGUCCUUCACUGCAUGGAUAGUCGAUAUGUUUUGCCGUUUAUAAAUUCAGUUGGUCCGAAUUUAUAUAUAUAUUUAUUUAUGACAUUAUAUAUUAAACAUUUUGUCUAUUAGAUACUAAGCGCUGGCUCGCCAAAGUAAUCGCGUAAAUCGUAAUCUCAUUAUAAAUUUCAUACUGGCAUGAAAAAUAAUUGAGUACAGUUAGAUAAAGUGUUGUACAAAAUAUAUUGCAAGUUUUUUGCAAAAGCUCAUUCAUUAGUAAUAUUUCAUUCUUUGAAAAUUUAUAACCAAUAACCUUGUAAUAAAGAUAUUAUAAAUUUAAAA